AUGUCAGAGUUAUUGCAACAUUCUCUGAGCAAAUUCAUUUACUACAACAGUUCAAACAGAACACCAACAACAAGAAGACAACAUAAACACUUCAGACCAUGCCAGUGUGUGGCCACGCAUGUGAAUAACCAGCACUUCGUGGUCAGCAACGGGAACGAUUCAUUGGACAUAUGUCGGGUUGUGAAUGGAAUGUGGCAAACAAAGGGUGAAUGGGGCAACAUUGAUAAGGAUGAAGCUGUUGAAUCUAUGCUUAAAUAUGCUGAUGCUGGAUUCACCACUUUUAAUAUGGCUGAUAUAUAUGGGCCCGCUGAAGAUCUAUAUGGGAUGUUCAUCAACCGAGUUAGUCGCGAGCGUCCUCCGCAAUUUUUGGAGAAGGUCAGAGGUCUCACUAAGUGGGUUCCACAGCCAGUUAAGAUGACUAGUAGCUUUGUAAGAGACAGCAUUAAUGUGUCAAGGAAGAGAAUGGAUGUGGAUUCCUUGGACAUGCUUCAGUUUCAUUGGUGGGAUUAUUCAAAUUCAGGAUACCUUGAUGCACUAAAACACCUUACGGAUUUGAAAGAAGAAGGUAAAAUUAAGACUUUGGCUCUAACUAAUUUUGAUACUGAGAGAUUGCAAAUUAUUCUUGAAAAUGAGAUUCCCAUUGUGAGCAAUCAGGUACAACAUUCAAUUGUUGAUAUGCGUCCCCAACAGAGAAUGGCAGAGCUUUGCCACCUUACAGGAGUCAAACUUAUAACGUAUGGGACAGUAAUGGGUGGUCUAUUGUCUGAGAAGUUCCUUGACGUCGACAAUCCUUUUGCUGGACCUGCAAUAAACACUCCAUCCCUCCAAAAAUACAAAAAGAUGGUGGAUGCUUGGGGAGGGUGGGGAUUAUUCCAAGGACUUCUUCAAACUCUUAAACAAGUUGCUUCUAAGCAUGGUGUUUCCAUUGCAACCGUUGCUGUGAAGUAUAUACUUGACCAGCCUGCUGUAGCAGGAUCUAUGGUUGGUGUAAGACUUGGCUUGUCCGAACAUAUUCAAGACUGCAACGCUAUAUUUUCUCUUGUUCUCGAUGCAGACGAUGUGAACAGCAUAAGGGAAGCAUCAGGGAAAGGAAAUGAUCUGCUUAAAGUGAUUGGUGACUGUGGAAAUGAGUACAGGCAGACAUGA